UAUCUAAAAAAUGACAUUUUAACGUCAUUAAGUUAUCCAUUUCCUUUUUAAAAAUUUAAUUUUUUCUUAGUAGUUUUCCAAAAUAUAAGUAGAAAUAUUGCCACAACUUUGAAAUUGUUGAAAUGGAAUUCAAAAGCGUCGGAGAUAUGUGCGAUGUUAUAUCGCAUGUGGUUUUCUGUCCAGAUGACGGUACAAUGAUGGUAACUUCCGCCAAUAAGGAACUUUGGAUACCAUCAGUAAAAGUCACUGGAGCAUCAAGUUGGGAGAGCAUGUCCAACAACGAAUUAAAAAAUCUCCUAGGAAGUGUCACUAUCUCAUCUGAACGACUGACAUGCCUAUCAAAAGUAACUAUCCCCGAUUUAUCGGCAUCGACAUUUUACCAUUGUGUUCUAGAAAUCAAACUUAAAUCCGACGCAAAGAAGAAAAUUAAAACCACCAGUUCAAAGUAUCAAGGACAAAUAAGGUGGCUAAGAGAUAAAGAAAUAUUACAGUAUCUGUACUCGGAUAAUGUAUUAAGUCCUGAACUAGUGGAAUUUUGUCAACUGGCAAAGAGCUCAAAGAAUGACACUUCAUUUCCUGAUGGUGGAGAAGCACUGACAUUCAGGGCUAAUGAAUACCAUUACAAGGGAAUACUUUCUGAAAUAAAUGCGGAUACAUUGGUGACGUUGUCCGGUCAAACCCCUUACGAAUCGCUUGUUGAAGCAGCUUCAUUUACCAAAGAAGUGCAAACAACACUACUCAAAUUAUUUAUACUCUUCUGCUUUCCUGCCUUGUACAUGUGCCAAAGGAUUUUUACCAAAUUAAUGAGCGAACUUGGCUGGCCUGCAGAUGAAAUCACUUUCUUAUUCAGAGCUGCUGACACGAAUGGUCGAUCAGCUUUAUCCUUUCGGGACUUUCUGUACAUUUUAGCUGCUAUUGAACCUGGAACAAUACAUGGAGGCGGAGCUGCUGAAAUUCGGUGUAAAUUCAUAUUUCGAUAUUAUGACAGAGAUCGAGAUAACGUAUUAAGUCCUACCGAAUUUAAAUUAAUAAUAAGCGCAAGUAGAAAACUGAAAAGGCUACCAAUUGAUGCUGCAAGUGUGAAACAAGAAGCUGACUCUAUUUUAAAAACCAUCGGUUUGGGAGAAACCAGCAACGUAACAAUAGCUCAAUUUUUAAAAUGUGUCAGCGAUUUAAAGUUCCGUGGAACUUCGCAAUUGUUUCGUUUACAAAACAGCAUAAACGCCUACAUAAAGAAUCAGGGAACUAAAUUACAGGGCAACAUAAGUUCAAGUCCUGCAUUUUAUUCUAAAAAUACCGGUAACACAGCAGGAAAAGUCGCCGGACCAGUUCCUACCAUCGAAUACGUGUUUGCUCAACAUUCUCUCCGAAUCCUAGAAGGUGGAACUGAAAUCAACAUCCAGCAGUUAACUGAUAUCGAUACCGGUGUAUCAGCAUCAAGUACAGGAAUUGUCGGUAGUAAUGCCUCGAGACGCAUGUCACUUGAUCAAUUCAAUCAACAAUCGCUAACGAACGAGCUCAUAAAGUCGUUAAGAUUCCUGGCAUAUAACAACAAGAAAAAAUACGAACCGCUAAAACUAGCAAAAACAUUUCCUGACUACAAUUGGGGACCCGUGGAUCCGAGCGUUUUUUGCAGACAGCUGUCGCAAGUUUGUGAUUCGGUUAAGAAAAUUUUACGAGAAGAGAAGCGAAUGAUUUCUCUAACGUCACCUAUAUAUGUUUUAGGCGAUUUACAUGGAAAUUUUCCUGUGUUAUUGGAAUUUGAAAAAAGUUUUUGGUGUUUUGGACCCGCAUUAUGCCCUUGUAGUUUAUUGUUCCUUGGAGACUAUGUUGACAGAGGAGUAUGGAGUAUCGAAGUUAUAACAUACCUGUUAUGUUUUAAAGCGCAAUUUCCAGACAAAAUUUUUCUCAUUAGAGGCAAUCAUGAAGUAAGAGAAGUCCAAAAAUCGUUUUCUUUUUAUGAAGAAUGUAAUAAGAAAUUUGGCGAAAAACUUGGCCCAUCCGUAUGGAACCUCGUAAAUACUGUAUUUGAUGUCAUGCCAUUGGCUGCCACAAUAGAUGGUCAGUUAUUUUGUUGCCAUGGUGGAAUUCCACCCCCGUGGCUAUGUCCAACAAUAUCUGCCCUGUACAAGAUUCCCAUCGAACUGAGUAAACCCGCUGAGCAAAGUUCGCUAGCUUGGGAAUUAAUGUGGAACGACCCUGUAAAGCAGAACAGUCUAAAUGAGCAAGUUGCCAUGGAAUUGAUGGCCAAUGAAGGUUUUGCUAACAAUAAAAAACGAGGUACGGCACAUAUCUUCAGCUAUGAAGCACUAGACAGGUUUUUGAAUACAAACGGUUACUCAAAUCUGAUAAGAGCACAUGAAGUUGUACAAGCUGGAUUUCAAUUGCAAAUGAAAGGAAAAUUAUUGACAAUAUUUUCUUCUUCACAAUACCAAGGAGGUACCAAUGAUGCAGCUAUGAUACUUUGCGAGAGAGGCAGGCUUAGAAUCAUUAGAACAACUGGCAGUAACGUCCCUUGAUACUUAUUAUUUUUUGUAACAAUCGAACGUUUGUAUUUA